GAAGUGAGCGGCGCUAUGGCUGAUGAGAAGAAAACUCAGCAACCCUCCAAGAAGGGCGCGAAGAAAAUCAUUAAGAAGGCGCCAGCGAAGGGCGGCAAGAAGAGGAGGCGGUCCAGGAAAGAAAGUUACGCCAUCUACAUCUACAAAGUGAUGAAACAGGUUCACCCCGACACCGGCAUCUCCUCCAAGGCCAUGAGCAUCAUGAACUCGUUCGUCAAAGAUAUUUUCGAGCGCAUCGCGGGGGAGGCUUCCCGCCUGGCCCAUUACAACAAGCGCAGCACCAUCAGCUCCCGGGAGAUCCAGACCGCCGUGCGGCUGCUGCUGCCCGGGGAGCUGGCCAAGCACGCCGUGUCGGAGGGCACAAAGGCGGUGACCAAGUACACCAGCUCCAAGUGAAGGACCGCACUGCACUGAAACAAACACAUCCACAACCCAAAGGCUCUUUUAAGAGCCACCCACAACUUCCCUGAAACAGCUGAACCAUUUCUUUAAGAGUUGUUUGUUUUAGUUCACGUGAUUUUUGAUAAGGCAUUUUAACUUCUCGCGCUAUAUGUUUUUGUGUUAAUAAGUGCUUUGCAAAUUAUUCGGGAGUGGGGUGGAGAGUGCAGAUCAGGCGCCAGUGAGUCAUUUUUCAUCUUGUUCAUCCCUGGCAGACAAAUGCCCACGUCUUUCACCCCCACAGUGGUGUAUUUUACCUUCUGAUUUACUUUACGUUUCCAAUGCGCGGGUUUGAUCCGACAUUUCACGAUGCAAAAUAACACUUCAUGCUGUCAGUGAGAACUUUCAAAUCGAAUCGAGAGAACACCAAAACAGCUACCGGGCUGAAACGUGGAGCUUUUGCUGAAUCUGAUCGAGAGCGAUAAGGGAGGACAGCUUUAAAAUAUCGUCUGAAAAAAACGGGUGGUACUGAAAUGUGAAAAAGAAAGACAGGUUGCAGACUGCAGUGUUUGGCCUGUUUUGUUUCGGCUUCUUCUCAAGGUUUAGAAAGUAACCCACUCUCAAUAUCAGAAAUGGAUAGAUACAGGUCGGCAAAUGAGGGAGAGUAAGACCGUGUGAAGUACACAUUUGUAAACUAAAAGUAAAUUAACGUGUAGUAAUAUUUUUUUGAACUUCCUCAGUUUUUUGUACUUCAUUUUUCAGGUAAAACAUACUCCUUUAUUUGUAAAUUGGCGGGCUUUUCAAUUUUGAAAGAAAGCGGUUGAUGAUUUGGCGCUGGUACUUUCCGCCUUCCUCCCCGUGCCCUCUCCGGAUUGGGGAAUGAGGCAGAUAUCUGAUUGGGAAUUGAAACAACAUUA